GUUUGUCUCCACUUGAAAAGUUUGUUACUUGCCAGAAGAGACCUUUAAUUGUUGAAUUCUCUAAACGUGUUUGCUACAUUAAUUUACCUGCUCCAACUAAAGUAAUCACAUCUUAUUAACAUAUUCUGAGAGGAGAAAAAAUUUAAGGUUUAGAUCAUAACCCAGCUCAUUCAUCAUUUUUCAGUUUUUGCCAUAUCAUGAAUGUCAAAAUUUUAGGUACAGAUUAGUUUAUGUCAAGAGUUCGAUGAAAACAUGAGUUUGAUCAAAAUUGUAGAGAUUUUAGACUAGGAAGGAAGGAUAUGGCAACAGGAGGAUUAAGUGGGAAUAAUGCAGCUGCAGCCAUCGUUUUGGCAAGUAAAGCAACAACUGCAUCAACUGAUGUGGUCUUGAACAUUCAAGGUGAUCAAGUACAAAACAACAACAAUAACAGCUCAACAUCAGGUCCAAGCUUUGCUAUGCCUCUGAUUCCGGAAGCAGCGGUUGUUCAGCAGAAUAGUUUCGAAUCAUCAGGUGUUUCGGGUUUAACCUUUUCUAAUAUUAAGAAGACACCGUCAUUCGGAUCGAAUUUGAGACUCACAGAACUUGAGAGUUUGAGUCCUCAAGUUCAACUUACAUCCAUUUCUGGACAACCGUCUCCCGAGAUAAAGAAUUUCAGUCCAAAUAUGGACAGACCGCCAAAAGUUCCAACAACUCCUCGAACAGCAGUACUAGUACCAGGCACGACGUCUGUUUUUUCCAAGGCGAAAUCGAGAUUCUCAGAGCCGCCUGUACCAGCUGGUUUUAAUCCGGUGGAUGAUUUGAAGAAGGCUGCCUUGAUGCAAGAAAGUCAGAAUACACCUUACAGAGCAUCCCCGAACAACAAUACAAACGGUCGGAGUUCACCUUACAAGGCAUCCCCAAAUAACAACAGAUCCAGUGCUGCUACUACUCCAAAGGAUAUUACAAAAACAGCUCCGGUUACGCCAAAAACGCCGUUAAUGGCAUCUCCAGGCCCGGGUGGAGGAGGAGGAGAAGAAGAAGACGAAGAAGAAGAAGAUGAAGAUAUUUACUCGAGUGAGAAAGCAGCUACUUUGAUGCAGAGUUGUCGUAAGAAAAUGAAAUUUUGGACUGUCCUCGAGUGGAUAGCAUUACUUGGUGUAACGGCUACGUUCAUAUUAAGCUUAACAAUUUCCAAGUUGAAGAAUUUAAGGAUUUCAGAGUUGCAUCUUUGGAAAUGGUGUGUGCUACUAUUGGUGAUUGUUUGCGGUCGGCUGUUUACAGAUUGGUUAGUGAAAGGUUUGGUUUUCCUGGUUGAGAAGAGAUUCAUUCUCAAAAAGAAGGUUCUGUAUUUUGUUUAUGGGUUGAAGAAGAGUGUCCAGGUUUGCAUUUGGUUGGCUUUGGUUCUUCUUUCAUGGACUUUGUUCUUUGAUGGGAAGCUAAAGCUAUCCAAAGACGAUAACAAGUUUAUUAGAUAUGUUACAAGGGCUCUUGUUUCUUCUCUAGCUGGAGCUGGUAUUUGGCUACUCAAGACUCUUUUAUUGAAGAUUUUAGCCUCUUCUUUUCAUGUCAAUACGUUCUUUGACAGGAUUCAAGAAUCAUUGUUUCACCAGUAUGUCCUUCAGGUGCUCUCUGGACCUCCAAAAAUGCAGCUGGCCGAGAACAUUGGGCGUACAAAGACUAUAGGAACGUUGAGUGUGCGUAGUACAACGAAGAAAGGGAAAGAAGGCCAAGUACAGGAAAUCGAUGUGAACAAGCUUCAUAAACUUAAGCAAGAGAAGGUAUCAGCUUGGACCAUGAAAUUAUUAUGUGAUAUGGUAAGUACUACAGGUCUUUCUACACUCUCGGAUGAAAUUGAAGACCUUUAUGAUGAAGAGCAGAAAGAUGUGGAGAUUACUUGCGAGUGGCAAGCAAAGGCUGCUGCUUUUCGGAUUUUCAAAAACGUUGCAAAACCUCGUGAAAAGUAUAUUUAUGAAGAAGACCUCUUAAAAUUCUUAACCAAAGAAGAGGUGGCUAAUGUCUACCCACUCUUUGAAGGAGCGGUGGAGGCUGGAAAGAUAAAGAAAUCAAUGUUGAGGAACUGGGUGGUGAAGGUCUACCUUGAACGUAAAUCGCUUGGACAUUCUUUGAAUGAUGCACAAACAGCUGUAAGAGAGCUGAACAAGAUAGCAUCUGUGAUUGUGCUUGUAAUGAUUGUCAUAGUAUGGGUUCUUUUAAUGGGAAUCGCUACAACACAAUUUCUAGUUUUCAUUUCAUCUCAGAUGUUACUGGUUGUUUUUGUGUUUGGAAACAUGGCUAAGACGGUAUUUGAAGGCAUCAUAUUCGUGUUCAUAAUGCACCCGUUUGAUGUUGGUGACCGUUGUCUGGUUGAUAAUGUUCAGAUGGUUGUUGAAGAAAUGAACAUAUUAUCAACAGUUUUUCUGAGAUAUGACAAUCAGAAAAUGUACUUCCCCAAUUCUGUCUUGGCAACUAAAAUCAUCGGAAACUUCAAUAGAAGUCCCUUCAUGGGUGACGCUGUGGAAUUCAAUGUCAAUGUUGCAACUUCAGUUGAAACUAUUGGAGAACUGAAAGCUAGAAUAAAGAUGUACAUAGAAAGCAAACCACAGCAUUGGAGUCCUAAUCACACUGUAGUGGUGUUGGAGAUUGUAAAUGUGCAUGACCUGAAGAUGGCUUUGUAUCUCAGUCACACAAUGAAUCACCAAAACAUGGGAGAGAAAAACAACCGAAGGUCGGAUCUCGUCUUUGAGUUGAAGAAAAUAUUUGUAGAGCUCAAAAUUGAAUUCAAACUUCUCCCCCAAGAAGUUUAUGUUACAUAUGCUGGUUCACCAACAACAGCACCAGUAGUGAUUGGAUAAUGUCGUUAUUCUUAUGAACUUCAAAGGCUUCUUCUAUAUGCAUGUACUGGAGAAAUUGAAGAAAGACGGUUAUUGGUCCUGGAGAAAUUUUUUGAUCAACCACGGGGGCUUUCAAGUCUACCAGACUACAUUGAAAGAUGGGCAAAGAGUUGCUGCAAUAUCAAGCUUUUAUGUCAUUCACUUGAUUAUGACAUUCAAACUUCCAAUUAAGAACACAAUUUGCUGGCAUCCUGGCAAUGUAAUACUAUGUAAUCCCAUUCCUUGUCUCAGUAUCAAUAUUCAUUACUAUUUACUUCUUUUUUCA